GGGGUAUGUCAGCAAGACAGCGAAUACGUGGCGGGCAAUUGAUAAGCAUAUAUAGAGGUUACUAUUCUUGCGUCGGCUCAUAUUACUUUGCAUUAGCUGAAGAUAAAUUGAAACAAGUCAGCUAUGGUUCAUAUUCACUCAUGAGAUCUCGUUUGAUGGGGCUUCUGGUACUUGUUCACGGCGCGGCAGUUGAACUACGAGCACUCUCUUCUUCCCCUCAUUGAUAUUGUCACGGGAUUUCAAGUGCAAAGUGAAGGACGAGAGUGCUCAAGCGAAACAAGCUGCCAGUCACCAGGUAGGUACCAAUAGCGUAGUAUAGGGGACUCAAUAACGACAAGUUAAUCGCUGCCCUCUCUA